GACACCAUCCGGUGACGUCAAAUUGUAGUGCCGAAGCCUUGUUCGCACAAUCAAAACGAUAACACGGAGACUUUAUUAUAUCUUCCAGGUAACACAACGAUAUGCCUAAAGUAAAGAGAAGUCGGAAGCCUCCUCCAGACGGCUGGGAGCUCAUUGAGCCCACAUUGGACGAACUGGAUCAAAAAAUGAGAGAAGCUGAAACUGAACCUCAUGAGGGAAAGCGAAAGGUGGAGUCCCUUUGGCCAAUUUUUAGGCUGCACCAUCAGCGGAGUCGAUACAUUUAUGAUCUCUUCUACAAAAGGAAAGCCAUCAGUAGAGAGCUAUACGAGUACUGUAUAAAGGAAGGCUACGCUGACAAGAACCUGAUUGCCAAGUGGAAGAAACAAGGCUAUGAGAACCUGUGCUGUCUGCGUUGCAUUCAAACAAGAGACACCAACUUUGGAACCAACUGCAUUUGCAGAGUCCCCAAGAGCAAGCUGGAAGUUGGAAGGAUCAUUGAAUGUACCCACUGUGGAUGCAGAGGUUGUUCUGGCUAGUGUGGUUUUUGGACAUGCAUUUUCUGAUGGACAUCAGGCCCAUCCUCCCUCCAUUGCACGCUCACAACCCUGUAGCAACAUGUUCGUUUGUCUCCUGCAUUAGAAAUAAUUUACAUCUUCAUCUUCAACACCAAUCGUAGCUGACCUGAUAGGGUAUCAUUAUUUGAUACUUUUUGACUCAAUUUUGGGAGCAAUGGAGAAUAACUGAGGGGCCAUUUUGUCUUAAACACAUUUGCUUUUAUGUUGUUGUUGUGUUUUGUUGCUUUUCUUUGCUUGUUUUUUUUAUUACACAUAGCAAAUGCCCUUGUUUCACAUCAAAAGCUUGUAGGCAGCUGUUUUUGGAUCAAGGAUGUCAUUCCAGCAAUUCACAUCCGCUUUGAAAAUCAUUCUGAAUUCUCAUGUGUUUCAUUUCUUGUAAGGAGGGCUGGGAGGCAGUUGAAUUGUGUAAAACGUCAUUCUUUUUAACCUGAAAACCUUUUUCCUCAACGUUGUUAUUGUAGUAUAAUUUUAAAUAAAGCAUUCUGGUUUACUCA